UGGCACCUCUAAGUCAUUCAAGUUGGCGCCAAAAAAAAAAAAGAAAACCAAAGAAAUUGUGCUGUCUUCUUAGAGAAUUUGGGAGCGUAGUUGCUCCAAUUUUUAAUCCAUUUGCUGAAUUUGCAUUUAAUAAAUUUUAAAAUAUGGUACUCAAAGAAAAUAAGCCAAAAGGGCUGCCAGUUGUCAAGUGGAUCGGAAGUCAUACUGAUAUAGUAGUAGACGAGCCCAGGUUGGCACACAAAGAAGUGAAUUUUUAUCAAAAGUGCAUCUUUGGUGAUUUAACACUUGGUUUGGGUGACUAUGUACUCGUCUCGAAUGCUGAUGCUGCCGAGCCCGACACAGUAGAUGGCUGUGAUAUAGCUAAAAUUAUACAUUUAUACGAAUUGCGUGGUAGUGUUGACCGAGAUCCCUAUCGCGCCAUUGUACAAUGGUAUUCACGUCCUGAGUGUGUGCCUCACAAAGAGUUCGAUCGAGACGAUAUAUGCAUUGAUUUCAAUGCGGAAGUAAUAGAAGAGCAUCGUCCAUAUGAUGCAGAUAUUUCAUUAGAGACUAUUUUUAAAAAAUGUGUUGUUCUAUUUGGUGGUACUGAUGAGUCUGCCAAUGGCAUUUUACACAAAUACGACGCAAAACGUAACAAUAUUCCAAUGUUUGUGUGUAGAUAUAAAUUCAUUAAGGAUAAAAAAUCCUACAGACUUGUGCCGUUAGAAUGGAACACCAAUUUAACUGGGUCCACCGAGGAAGCAGAAAAUAAACGUGGUAGAAAAAAAAGCUACACGGACGACACACCAAGUACUAAGGAAAAGAAAACGAGAGUUGCUAGAAGUGCCUCAGCACGUAAGGAAAAGGUUGAAGGCAAUGUAGCUAUUCGGAAACGUAGAGCAUCCGUGGCUGCUGCCGCAGUGGAAUUCAUAGACUGUAAUGGGUUCAAAGAUAAAGUGUCGCCUAUUAAAAUAAUAGGUGGCAAAAAUGUUGUACGUUUAUCAGCGAAAAAAAUAUCAGCACCAAUUGAUAGAAAUGAUAAUUAUGCACCCACAUCACCGCUCAUGGAACGCAACAGAAAAGAAACAACGCCGAAAGCGCGUGUAGCGUCUGCACGCCGCAACCUCAAUUUAAGUUUGGAUAAUGGCGCUGAUACCAGUGUAGAUUCAGACUGUCUAAAUUAUUCUAUAGUUAAAACACCAACAAAUUCAGAUUCAACAAACGAUAUGAAAAUAAAACUGAGGUUAUCUGGAAGACAUCGAAUUUCAAAGCUUGCUGCCAUGGAUGAACAGUUCAUCGAUCCCCUUUCGUUAAAUGUUGAAAUUGAGAGAGCAAUCAAAAGCACGCCAGAUGAAAUGUAUUCCACACCCACGAAGAAAUCAAAGAGAAUUAGCGAAGAGGCUGAAAUAACACCAUCCACGCGUCGUAAAAGUAUACUAAAAUCGGCCACAAGGCGGCAGGGUGAUAGUACGCCAAAACGUAGUAUUCAGUUAUCGGAUAUAGUGGAGAAACGUGUAUUCAACAAUGAAGAUGCCAUUUCUACACCCAAACGUAAGCCCAAGGGUGAUGAUAAUGAUAUAAAACGUUCGGCUUUAAAAAAUUCUGCAAUAAUACGUCGGCGUAAUUCUACCACUGCUGUCGCUGGUGCUAUGACACCUACACAAAAACUUAAAAUGUUGCGUCGCGGGGAAUUAUCACCAACAAUGGAAAACAGAUCAACCACUGCACUGUCAGCUUCAGUAAAGUCUAAAUCAGAUUUACAGUUGGCACGGGAACGCUUGCAUGUUUCUGUGGUGCCGCAAAGUUUACCAUGUCGUGAAAAGGAAUUCGAUAAUAUUUACGCAUUUUUAGAAGGAAAAAUUCAAGAUCAAUGUGGCGGCUGUAUGUAUGUAUCCGGUGUACCCGGUACGGGUAAAACUGCAACAGUUACAGGUGUCAUACGCAUGUUGCAGCGUCAACAACAGGCUGAUGAGUUGCCAUCGUUUGAUUUUGUCGAAAUUAAUGGAAUGCGUUUGACUGAGCCACGACAGGCAUAUGUACAAAUUUAUAAACAAUUGACGGGUAAAACUGUUUCAUGGGAGCAAGCGCACUCGCUGCUGGAGAAACGUUUCACUACGCCGGCGCCACGUCGUGUUACUACAGUAUUGUUGGUGGAUGAAUUGGAUAUAUUAUGCAAUCGGCGGCAGGAUGUUGUUUAUAAUUUACUCGAUUGGCCCACCAAAUCCGCUGCACGUUUAGUUGUGGUGACUAUAGCUAAUACAAUGGAUUUACCAGAGCGUUUGCUAAUGGGCAAAGUUACUUCGCGUUUAGGCUUAACGCGUCUCACCUUCCAGCCAUAUACACACAAACAAUUGCAAGAGAUUGUUACAAUGCGCUUGAGCGGCUCGGAGGCAUUUAAAAGUGAUGCAGUGCAACUUGUUGCGCGCAAAGUAGCUGCUGUAUCUGGUGAUGCGCGCCGUGCCUUAGAUAUAUGUCGUCGCGCUACUGAAAUUGCCGAAGCUGCCAUUCUUCCAAAGGAUAGUGAUCACGUUAAGUCCACAAAAAAAUUCGUUAGUAUCGCUCAUGUACAACAAGCUCUUUCUGAAAUGAUUGCAAGCGCCAAAGUACAAGCCAUAAAAAAUUGCUCUUGCUUGGAGCAGAUAUUCCUGCAAGCUGUACUCGCGGAGGUGACUAGAACUGGUGUUGAGGAGACUUCAUUUUUGGGCGUUUACUCACAAGUUGAAAACUUAGCUGCCUUUGAAGGUCUAAAUAUGCCUACGACAGGCAAUUGUUUACGGAUUUGCUCGAAAUUAUGCGCCGAACGCUUACUCAUAGCUGAAAGUGGACGUAAUGAUAUUUUUCAAAAAAUUCUUCUCAACGUAAGUGUGGAUGAUAUUCAUUAUGCGCUCCGUGUGAAUGGAAUUUAAGUAAAAAAAAGCAUUAUCAUCAUCAUAUUUUAAUUUAUCAUUUUAUUCUAAAUACAUUGAUUAACAAUA